AUGCUGGAGACCUACAGGAACCUAACUACUAUAGGAUACUUUUGGGAAGACCUUAACACCAAAGAGCAUUGUAAAUGUUCUAGAAGACAUGCAAGCCAUAAAAGAACACAUACUGGAGAGAAACGCUAUGAAUGUAAUCAGUGUGGUAAGGCCUUUGCAUGGCACAGUGGUCUUCAAAGACAUAAAAGAACACAUAAUGGAGAGAAACCUUAUGAUUGUAAUCAGUGUGGUAAGGCCUUUACACGACAUAAUCAUCUUCAAAUGCAUAAAAGAACACAUACUGGAGAGAAACCCUAUGAUUGUAAUCAGUGUGGUAAGGCCUUUGCACGUCUCAGUCAUCUUCAAAGGCAUAAAAGAACACAUACUGGAGAGAAACCCUAUGAAUGUAAUCAGUGUGGUAAGGCCUUUGCACGACACAGUAAUCUUCAAGUGCAUAAAAGAACACAUACUGGAGAGAAACCCUAUGAAUGUAAUCAGUGUGGUAAGGCCUUUUCUCAAAACAGUGUUCUUCAAACACAUAAAAGAACACAUACUGGAGAGAAACCCUAUGAAUGUAAUCAGUGUGGUAAGGCCUUUACACGACAUAAUCAUCUUCAAAUGCAUAAAAGAACACAUACUGGAGAGAAACCCUAUGAUUGUAAUCAGUGUGGUAAGGCCUUUGCACGUCUCAGUCAUCUUCAAAGGCAUAAAAGAACACAUACUGGAGAGAAACCCUAUGAAUGUAAUCACUGUGAUAAGGCCUUUGCAUGUCACAGUGAUCUUAAAAGGCAUAAAAGAACACAUACUGGAGAGAAACCUCAUGAAUGUAAUCAGUGUGGUAAGGCCUUUGCACACCACAGUAAUUUUCAAAGCCAUAAAAGAACACAUACUUGA